CUGGGCAUGAGCUCGGGGGCUGCCCCGCGGCUGCGCUCGCUCCAGCGACACCUGCAGGGCAGAGGCAUGGAGCCAGUCAGCAGCCCGCUGACCACACAUGUGCUGGACACUGCCUCGGGGCUCCCAGCCCAAGGCCUCUGCCUCCGUCUGUCCAGGCUGGAGGAGCACGGCCAGCAGUGGACUGAGCUGAGGGAAAGCUACACCAACCCGGAUGGCCGCUGCCCUGGGCUCCUGCUGCCAGGCCAGAUGAAGGCGGGCACCUACAAGCUGACCUUCGACACUGAGGGCUACUGGAAGAAAAGGGGGCAGGACAGCUUCUACCCAUAUGUGGAGGUUGUUUUCACCAUCACAAAUGAGACUCACAAGUUCCACAUCCCCCUGCUGCUGAGCCCAUGGUCCUACACCACCUACAGAGGAAGCUGACCACCAGCUGGCCAGCGAGCACCAAUGCUAUCACCAUGGCCUGAGCCACUCCCAACCCUCCACAGUGGGCUCUGUGCUCCGAUUUCCUGGGGGAGGUUUUGGCCCCCAAUUCCCCAGUGGCAGCUGUGA